UUCUUUCCAAUGUUCCAGAUAGGUUUCUGUGCAUUGCGAUAUAAUUUGGUUUAGUCUGAUUGGUGUUUGGAGAACAGUGUUGAUGUGAGACUGGUCAAAGUGUGUUUGAGGGGGGACGAUUAGUCUCAGCACAUACUGAUGUAGGAGACUCUUUUCUGGGCUCAGCUCUUGGAUUUGGAGGGCUUUUGAUUUGACUGACUCUCUCUCUCUCUCUCUCUCUCUCUCUCUCUCUCCUCUCAGUGCUGUGCGGUGUUGUAUUUCGGUCUGUGCGCUGAGUGCAUGCGCCGUCCUGCUGUCCGCUAUUUCAUCUCACACAAACCAGUUUUUCUAACUCCUCUGUAGUAAUAUCAGCAGUUCUGCUGUGUGUGUUUCCUCAGCUACAGUGUGCACGGUUCACGUGCAGUAAAUACAUCAGGAUCUAUGGCGCGUAAUGGACUUAUAUUACCCGCGGUUCUGUGCGCACUUUGGGCAGCGAUCUCCGCUCAGGACGCGUCUCGACAGUCCUUCAAAGAAUGUCCGGUGGAUUUGUUCUUCGUGUUGGACACCUCUGAAAGUGUGGCUCUCAGGGCCAAACCACCAGAUUUUUACAUCAAUCAAAUCAAGACCUUCACGAAACUUUUCAUCGAUGAACUGAAAGACAUGCGUCAGCCGUGUGAUCGUGAGGUGACAUGGAACUCUGGAGCUCUUCAUUACAGUGACGACAUUGAGCUGGUCAUGGGACUGGUGGACCUGAACACAAAGCGUGCUGAACUGAAGUCUGCCAUUGACAAGAUCAAAUACAUUGGCAAGGGAACGUACACUGACUGUGCCAUCAAGGAGGGCAUCUCUGAACUGCUCAGAGCGGGUUCCCACUAUCAUGAGAAUAAGUACAUUGUGGUGGUGACGGACGGGCACCCUUUGACCGGGUACAAGGAACCAUGUGGCGGAAUCCAGGAGGCCACAAAUGAGGCUCGACAGCACGCCAUCAAAGUGUUUUCUGUGGCCAUCUCACCUGACCAGGAGGACAACAGACUGUCAAUCAUCGCCACAGACCAAAACUACAGACAGAACUUCACCGCCGCAGACAAAUCGCGCUCCACACAAAUAGGCACUAUACGCACCAUCGUCAACAUGAUUACAAACGAAACAAAGGACGUGUGCUGCUCCUUUGACUGCAAUGCCCCAGGAGGCCCCGUGGGACCCCGUGGAGAUCCAGGAAGCAGAGGAGAGACUGGAAGACCAGGAAUGCCGGGAGAGAAAGGAAAUAUUGGUCCUCUGGGAAAUGCUGGUGAUCCGGGUCCAGUCGGUUACCAAGGAAUGAAGGGAGACCAAGGAAUAAGAGGCGAGAAGGGAGAAAGAGGUAAUAAAGGCUUCAAGGGAGAUAAAGGAGAAGGGGGGCUUGAUGGCGUCGAUGGACGUAAGGGUGAGCCCGGGUUUGCUGGUCUUCCAGGCUGCAAAGGGUCACCGGGGCCACAUGGCUUGCAGGGAGAACCAGGUCCGAAAGGUGACCCCGGUCAAUAUGGACGCAAAGGAGAGAGAGGAGAUCCUGGAAAAGAUGGUGACCCGGGAAGACCUGGUAACUAUGGACCCUCAGGGGGCAAGGGAGAUCGUGGUCCUCCUGGUGCCAAUGGCGAUAAGGGCGAGCGAGGAGAUGAUGGGCAACCAGGGCCAGACGGGCCAUCAGGAGAACGAGGCACAGCUGGUGAGAAGGGUGAACAAGGUUCUCGUGGUAACAGAGGGCCCAAAGGCGAACUUGGUGAGCCCGGGCCCCGGGGAGAACAGGGACGUGAGGGAUCAUCGGGGUCUAAUGGAGAACCGGGCGAGCCAGGAAGACUCGGCGCACCUGGUUACCGUGGUGAUGAGGGUUUCACCGGGCCAGAGGGGCCAAAAGGGCCCAGAGGAAUCAAAGGCGCUCCAGGAGACAGAGGCCUGAUGGGAGAGAGGGGUACAGACGGACCACCAGGAAAUGGAACCGAGGGUUGCCAUGGUUUCCAGGGUUAUCCAGGACCCAGGGGAGACACAGGAUUACCUGGUGGAAAAGGCACUCCUGGACCCAAGGGAGAUGAUGGAGAGCCAGGUGACCCUGGAAUAGAUAACAACAGGCCAGGACCACCUGGAGCUAAAGGAGCCAAAGGGCACAGAGGACCUGAAGGAAGACCUGGAACACCAGGACCUCCCGGGCCUGCAGGAGCAGAUGAAUGUGAGAUUCUGGAUAUCAUUAUGAAGAUGUGCUCUUGUUGUGAAUGCAAGUGUGGACCCCUGGACAUCGCCUUUAUCGUGGAUAGCUCUGAGAGUAUCGGCGCUUCUAACUUUGCCAUCGCCAAAGACUUCAUUUUAACUCUAAUGGACCGGCUCAAGUUACAUCAGUUUGGUGCCAAUGAGUCUCGUGUUGGCGUGGUGCAGUACAGUGGUGCCACCGCUCAGGAGGCCGUACAGCUUGGCGACCCCAACAUUAAGACCCUGACGGACCUAAAACAAGCGGUGAAAGAGUUGCCCUGGCUAGCUGAAGCUACAUACACUGGAGAAGCUCUGCAGUACUCACUGAAUAACAUGAUUAACAAGCUUGUGACGGAGAGGAGCGUGGUCAUUGUGCUCACUGAUGGACGCUCGGAUACCAUUAGAGAUAAAGUGCCUCUAAACGUGUUGUGUGGCAAAGGACUAAAGGUUGGCGGUGUUGGCGUAGCUGAUUACUCAGAGAGGCAGCCCAAUCGCGAACAGCUGGACAAUGUGGUUUGUAAAGAUGAUCCCAGAGAGGGCUUCUCCUUUGUCCUAAACAACUUCGGCCUACUUCUGGAUGACAGCUUCCUGCAAAACCUGACUGAGAAAAUCUGUGAAGACAAGAAGUGCCCCACUUAUACUUGUCCAAUUUCAUUCAGUGAUAACACAGAUGUCCUCAUUAUGAUGGACAGUUCAGCCAGCGUGGGCUCCAAGAACUUCCAGAUGACGAAGGACUUUGCACAGAUUCUGGCCAAGCGCUUCCUGUCGGCAGAAAAGCGAUCGUUUCAGGUGCGGAUCGGCAUCGGCCAGUACAGCAACAAUGCCAACAUGGAGGCGGAGUUCUCCUCUAACGUCACCCAAGUCCUCACCCAGCUCGCGGAGGCCAAGUUUCAGAACGCAGGUACGCAGGUGACAAACGCGCUCACCUUCGCCAUCGAGCGCUUCAGGGGCGGCAGGAACAGGAAGAAGAAGCUGCUGGUGUUUUCCGAUGGUCGUUCCCAAGGCGUCAACACCGUCCAGAUCGAGAAGGCCGUGGAGCAGCUGAACAAGGCUGGUAUUGAGCUGUACGUCCUAGCAGUCGGAAAUCAGGUGAACGAGGCGCAUCUGCGCACCUUGGUGAGCCGCGGCCGGCCCUACGACAACACGUACGCCUACCGUCAUCUGUUUAAAGCCCCUGACUACCGCUCGAUGGUCACCGGCGUCUUUUACCAAACUAUCUCCCGCAAGAUCUCCCUGGACUGAGGCAGAAAAGGGCAUCUUGGGUACCAAAAGGAGAGGGGAUGAUAGGGUAUUGGGAGGGGCGAAGGCAGGGGGCGUGUUCACAAGAACAAAGUGGGUGGACUUCAGUAUAGCACAUGCUUUAAUUGUUGUCGUUUUUUGUCUAUUCUUUUUCGUGUGAUGUAUCAAAAGUUCAUAGUCUCAAUUUCAUUUAACAAGACAUGGAAAUGGAUGAUGCUUAUUUGUAUGUCAUGUAGGUCAUUUUACUUAUGACUGUAAUGAGUUUGCUGUCCAAAGAUUCAAAUUUUCAAUAAUAUAUUCCAUGUUUAGGGCACAAAAUGGGUUUUUUCAGUGGCCAGCUGCUGAAAUCUCUGUGAUGGUGCAUGCAGGCUUUUUAUCUAUUAAUAUAGAUAUGAAAACCAAUAUUGAUAUAUCUUAAAAAUAGGGUUGAAACACUUGCCAAACACUCCAAAAAAUACUGACAAUAAAUAUGAAAAUAUAUAAAAAAAGAUUACUCAAUUCAAUUUGAUAACAUUUUUGGAUGGAAUUUAAAUGCAUAAAUCUUAAAAUAGUUUUUUGAAUGUGUAAAAUGUGAGACAGAACUGCAUUUGGCAAAUAAAUCCAAAUUAAAAUCAAUUAAUUAAAACAAUAAACAGCUUAAUUGUUUAUUUGGAAUAGAGACCUAAAUAUAUUGCAGCAAAAUACAGUUCCAAUAAAUAUUUUGGAUGUUAAAUUCGCCCUCCAGAUGUGUUUAAAAGGUAUUUUUAUUCCCCCAAGCAAUUCUUCAAUUAAUUGCAUUAGUCUGUGUUACACUUUAUUUUAAGAAUUACAGGUAAAACUUGAAUAUUAAUUUGGUGCUACCGAUGUAAACUCUGGCUCCUGUAGUUAUUGAGAUGCACAGCAGGUUUCUUCUAAUUUGUUUUUAUACCUGUAGCCAAAGACAUUGUUUACCAAUAGAUUAUUUUAAAGUUUUAUACUUGUGAGAAAUUAGCCUGAUUGCUGUUGUAAAGGUUUUUGAAAUAAAGGAUUUUACACCCCAA